AUGGCGCAGCAAGUGAUUCAGCUGGAUCAAGAAAAAUUGAGCUGUCCAGUCUGUCUGGAUCUCCUUAAGGAUCCCGUCACUAUUCCCUGUGGGCACAGCUACUGCAUGACUUGUAUCAAAAAAUAUUGGGAUGAGAAGGUAACACACAGCUGCCCCCAGUGCAAGAAGACUUUUCCAUCGAGGCCUGUCCUGGUGAAAAACACCAUGUUAGCUGAGUUAGUGGACGACCUAAAGAAAGCAGGACUUCCAGCUGCUUCAUCUGAUCAUGCCUAUGCUGGACCUGGGGACAUGGCCUGUGAUUUCUGUUCUGGGAAGAAGCUGAAAGCCUCCAAGUCCUGCCUGGUGUGUAUGGCCUCUUACUGUGAGCAGCACCUCCAGCCUCACUACAACAUAGCUCCACUAAAGAAACACAAGCUGGUCAAAGCCACUUCAAAGCUUCAGGAGAACAUCUGCCCUCGCCAUGAUGAGGUGAUGAAGAUCUUCUGCCGCACUGAUCAGCAGUGUAUCUGUUAUCUCUGCUUAAUGGAUGAACACAAAGACCAUGUCACGGUGUCAGCUGCAGCAGAAAGAGCUGAGAAGCAGAAAGAUCUAGCAGGGAAUCGACAGAACAUCCAGGAGAGAAUCCAGGACAGAGAGAAAGAUAUGAAGGUGUUUCAGGAGGAGGUGGAGGCCAUUAAUCUUUCUGCUGAUAAAACAGUGAAGGAGAGUGAGGAGUUGUUCAAAGACCUGAUCAAUCUAAUUGAGAAAAAAAGCUCUGAGUUGAAGCAGAAGAUCAGAUCCAAGCAGAAAACUGAACAGAACAGAGUCAAAGAGCUUCAGGAGAAAAUAGAGCAGGAGAUCAGAGAUCUGAUGAGGAGAGACACUGAACUGCAGCAGCUGUCACUGACUGAGGAUCACCUCCAUUUUCUGAAAAGCUACUCCUCACUGUCACAUCUGAGUGCAUCUACAAACGUACCCACUAUCAGUGUUCAACCUCAACAGUACUUUAAGGAUAUGAUGAUGGAAGUGUCACACCUUAGAAAUAAACUACAGGCCAUUUUGAGUGAAGAGCCGGCAAACACCUGUCAGAAAAUGACUCAAGUGGAUCUAAAAGAGCCCGUAACUAGACACGAGUUUUUGAAAUACGCCUGUCAAAUUACACUGGAUCCAAAGACUGCAAAUCCAUAUUUAUCUCUGAGUAUGAGCAACAGGAAGGCAACGCUGACGCAAGUCGAACACUUAGUUUCCAUUCAUCCGAAAAGGUUCUUACCAUGGUGGCAGGUGAUGAGUUCUGAUGGUCUGACUGGAUGUUGUUACUGGGAAGUAAAGUGGAGUGGUAAAGUUUUAAUUGCAGUUGCAUACAAUGACAUUUGUAGAACAGGAAACAGGACUGAAUGUGGAUUUGGAGGCCCUCAAUCCUCCAGAGUGGGAGUGUAUUUGGAUCACAUUGCAGGUAUUCUGUCUUUCUACAGCGUCACUGAGACCAUGAAUCUCCUCCACAGAGUCCAGACCAGGUUCACUCAGCCUCUCUAUCCUGGUUUUUGGCUGUCAGCAUUUGUUGGAGACACUGUUGAGUUGUGUAAGUUAAAGUAG